CCCGUGCACUGCCCGGCCCGGGCCAUGACCCCCGCUGCUCUCUCUUGCAGGCUCGUCGCCCCGGUCCCCAGAGCCCGGCCACCGCCGCCGCCAGCGCCCGGGCGGGCCCUGUGCGCCCCGGGCGCGGCUCCGCAGUGAGCCCCCCAGGAAGCGGCCCGCGGAGCGCCGCCAUGGGGCUUCAGCUGUCCUGCCUGAAAGGCUUUAAAAUGUGUGGCGGUAGCAGUAGCCAUGACGAGGCCCCCGUCCUGAGCGACAAACACCUGGACGUGCCCAACAUCAUCAUCACCCCCCCGACCCCCACGGGCAUGAUGCUGCCACGGGACUCCAGGCAGACAGUCUGGCUGGACGAGACAGGGUCGUGCCCAGAGGAUGGAGAAAUAGACCCCGAAGCCUGAGGAGGAGGCACAGGUCGGAGACGGUCCUGCUCCAGGGACCCCCAACCCCACGAGUCCCUGGGGGCGUGGCUGCCUGGGGCAGAUGCGCCGAGCACGCCGGACGCUGGAUGGGAGAACGGAAGAAUCCGGCACCUGAGCAGCUGCAACGUGGCAAGAAGAGCAAGGAAUCGGCCGGCCCUGCCUGCUUGCAGAGCCACGUUUCCCAGGCCCCGCUGAGCUGAGCUGACCGGACCUCUCACGCCCACACGGUCAUGGUGACAGCCACCGGGGUGGAGGGAGAGACUUUCUCCUGGACAAACGUACCCUCCCUGAGCCCUCGGCCACACAGUUGGGUGUGCACGAGGUCAACACACACAGGAACUUGCAGAGGAGUGGCUCCGUUUUUUACAAGUUGUUUUACAGAUAUCAAAACAGUCCAGAAAGUGAUUUAUAAUUCCUUUUUUGCAUUAUAAAUAAAGGUCAU